GUCGAUUCUCAAUUACAUCGCAAUGUACGAAUCGAAUUGUGACGAAUGACUUCGCUGUUUCGAGCUGAAUUGCUGAAUAGUUCAGCUCGGUUGAGCGUUGACAGAAAAUGGGUCAAAACCAAUCUGGUACUGGUAGUGGAGGAGACAAGAAAGAUGACAAGGACAAGAAGAAGAAGUACGAGCCGCCAAUUCCCACGAGAGUGGGUAAAAAAAAGAGACGCACCAAGGGACCUGAUGCUGCUCUAAAAUUGCCACAAGUGACUCCUCAUACUCGUUGUAGAUUGAAACUUUUAAAGAUGGAGCGCAUAAAGGAUUAUCUCUUGAUGGAAGAGGAGUUUAUCAGAAAUCAGGAACGUUUAAAGCCACAAGAAGAGAAAAAUGAAGAAGAGAGAUCGAAAGUGGAUGAUCUUCGUGGAACACCAAUGUCUGUUGGAACAUUGGAGGAAAUAAUCGAUGAUAAUCAUGCAAUAGUAUCCACAUCAGUUGGUUCGGAGCAUUAUGUCUCUAUCUUGUCAUUUGUAGACAAGGAUCAAUUAGAACCUGGUUGUUCUGUGUUGUUGAAUCAUAAGGUUCAUGCUGUUGUUGGUGUCUUAGGGGAUGAUACAGAUCCCAUGGUUACAGUAAUGAAACUUGAGAAAGCUCCACAGGAGACUUAUACUGAUAUUGGUGGUCUUGAUACUCAAAUUCAGGAAAUAAAAGAAUCUGUGGAGCUACCAUUAACUCAUCCAGAAUAUUAUGAAGAAAUGGGUAUCAAACCUCCAAAAGGUGUAAUACUUUAUGGACCACCGGGAACAGGGAAGACACUGCUUGCUAAAGCUGUAGCUAAUCAAACAUCAGCUACCUUUUUAAGAGUUGUUGGUUCUGAACUUAUACAAAAAUAUCUUGGGGAUGGUCCGAAGCUUGUACGAGAACUUUUCCGAGUUGCUGAGGAACAUGCUCCUUCCAUUGUCUUCAUAGAUGAAAUUGAUGCAGUAGGAACAAAAAGAUAUGACAGCAACAGCGGAGGUGAACGGGAAAUUCAACGGACCAUGUUGGAAUUGCUUAAUCAACUUGAUGGCUUUGACAGUCGAGGUGAUGUAAAAGUAGUUAUGGCUACAAAUAGAAUAGAGACUUUGGAUCCUGCAUUAAUUAGACCCGGCCGUAUCGAUAGAAAAAUAGAAUUUCCAUUGCCAGAUGAGAAAACCAAAAGAAGGAUCUUCAAUAUUCAUACUAGCAGAAUGACUUUGGCACCUGAUGUAAAUCUUGCAGAAUUGAUAAUGGCAAAAGACGAUCUCUCUGGUGCAGAUAUCAAGGCGAUAUGCACAGAAGCUGGUUUAAUGGCUCUGCGUGAACGGCGUAUGAAGGUUACCAGCGAUGAUUUCAAGAAGUCCAAGGAAAGUGUAUUAUAUCGAAAGAAGGAAGGUUCUCCAGAAGGAUUAUAUCUAUAAAACAUAUUAUUCAUUUUACUGACCUGUAUAAUUUAAUCAAUCGUCUUGCUAAAAUUUCUUAUAGCUACACUGAUAUCAUUUUUACAGUAAUAUAUCUAUAUAAAAAUUA